GCCAUCUGCAGGCAACUGGAAGUGAUGAGACAUCUUGUGGGCUUGCUGUUAUUAGCUGUCUGCAUGUAUGGACUGGAUGCAGAACUGACCUCUCAUUUACAUCCCCCCAAACAAGAAAUUCCCAUUGCUAACUGUGUCUUUCCAUUCAUCUAUGGUGAUGAAGUCCACUACAGUUGUAUCUCCACCCACAGUGACUUUGACUGGUGUUCCCUUGACUUUUACUUCCAAGGAAGGUGGAGAUACUGCACAGCACUGGAUCCUCCAAUGUGUAUCUUCCCUUUCCAAUUUAGAAAAAAGUUUAUUAACGAAUGUACCAAGGAAGGCUACAUUUUGAAUCGGAGUUGGUGUUCACUGACUGACAACUACAACAGAGAUAGGAAAUGGAAGCAAUGCUCUCCUUACAAUUUUUAGGUAAACAUGGGUGUUUUUGAAGAGACAGAAGUUACAAAUCCAUCAGAUGGCUCUCCAAAUACGGAACAUUCUGAUAAUAAAUGCUUGUUCUCUUGUC